AUGCAGGGCGCCUGGCUGCUGCUCCUGCUGCUGGGCCUGAGGCCACAGCUGUCCCUCGGCACCAUCCCAGUUGAGGAGGAGGACCCGGCCUUCUGGAACCGCCAGGCAGCCCAGGCCCUGGACGCCGCGAAGGAACUGCAGCCCAUCCAGACGGCUGCUAAGAACCUCAUCCUCUUCUUGGGGGACGGGAUGGGGGUGCCCACGGUCACAGCCACUCGGAUCCUAAAGGGGCAGAUUAAUGGCAAACUGGGAUGCGAGACGCCCCUGGCCAUGGACCACUUUCCGUACGUGGCUCUGUCCAAGACAUACAACGUGGACAGACAGGUGCCAGAUAGCGCAGGCACAGCCACAGCCUACCUGUGCGGGGUCAAGGCCAACUACCAGACCAUUGGUUUGAGCGCCGCAGCCCGCUUUAACCAGUGCAACACAACACGGGGCAACGAGGUCAUCUCCGUGAUGAACCGGGCCAAGAAAGCAGGGAAGUCUGUGGGGUUGGUGACCACCACGAGAGUGCAGCACGCCUCACCCGCCGGCACCUACGCACAUGUGGUGAACCGCAACUGGUACGCAGACGCCGACAUGCCCGCCGAGGCGCGGAGGAAGGGAUGCCAGGACAUCGCCAGGCAGCUCGUCUUCAACAUGGACAUUGAUGUGAUCCUGGGCGGAGGCCGGAAGUACAUGUUUCCCAAGGGGACUCCAGACCCCGAGUACCCGAGCAAUGCCACACAGGACGGGGUCAGGCUGGAUGGGAGCAACCUGGUGCAGGAGUGGCAGGCUAAGCACCAGGGUGCCCGGUACGUGUGGAACCGCACGGCACUCCUUCAGGCCUCCCAGGACCCCUCCGUGACGCGCCUCAUGGGCCUCUUUGAGCCAGGAGACAUGAAGUACGAGGCCCACCGAAACCAUGACCAGGACCCAUCCCUGAUGGAGAUGACCGAGGCGGCCCUGCACCUGCUGAGGAGGAACCCCCGGGGCUUCUACCUCUUUGUGGAGGGAGGCCGCAUCGACCACGGGCAUCACGAAGGCACCGCCUAUCUGGCCCUGACGGAGGCCGUCAUGUUCGACUCUGCCAUUGACAAGGCCGGCCAGAUCACAAGCGAGAAGGACACACUGACCCUCGUCACCGCUGACCACUCUCACGUCUUCUCUUUCGGCGGCUACACGCUGCGAGGCAGCUCCAUUUUCGGGCUGGCCCCCAGCAAAGCCAAAGACAACAAGAGGUACACCUCCAUCCUUUAUGGCAACGGCCCCGGGGGCUUCGAGCUCCUGAACAGCUCCCGGCCAGACGUCAACGACAGCCUGAGCCGGGACCCGUCAUACCAGCAGCAGGCGGCGGUGCCCCUGGCGUCCGAGACGCACGGCGGUGAGGACGUGGUGGUGUUCGCGCGCGGCCCGCAGGCGCACCUGGUGCACGGCGUGCAGGAGCAGACCUUCGUGGCGCACGUCAUGGCCUUCGCGGCCUGCCUGGAGCCCUACACCAACUGCGGCCUGCGGCCCUCUGCCGACGCCGCCGACGCCGCGGGCGCGCCGUGGCUGCCGCUGCUGGCCGCCGCGCUGCUGGGGCUGCUGCUGGCGUGA